CUUGCUUCUCUCUCCGCAGGGAUUAUCUACGACGUGAUUGUGGAACCUCCCAGUGUGGGGUCGAUGACAGACGAGCACGGGCACCAGAGGCCGGUGGCCUUCUUGGCGUACAGAGUAAACGGGCAAUAUAUUAUGGAAGGGCUCGCAUCCAGCUUCCUCUUCACAAUGGGCGGCCUAGGAUUCAUAAUUCUGGACCGAUCCAAUGCACCAAAUAUCCCCAAGCUGAACAGGUUUCUUUUGCUCUUUAUUGGAUUUGUCAGCGUGCUUUUGAGCUUCUUCAUGGCCAGAGUUUUCAUGAGGAUGAAAUUACCGGGCUACUUGAUGGGUUAGUACCUAAUGUGAUGUAUGAAUGCCUGAGCUGAAUUUACUCCUCUUCAUGAAUUGUUUAAGAAGCAGCAGCAAGAAACAAAUUUCCAGUCACCAUCAACAGGAAAGAGACCUGGCCAUGAGAAGCAGCUGGGGAAGGAGUGCUUUCUCUGCAGACAAACUCUCAUUACCAAUGGCUGAUUUCUAGUUUUGAAGCAAUGUUUUAUCAUUUCUGUUUUAGAGCUUUUGAAAAGAGCAAGUUACCUGGCUGGGUUUUUCUUUUCUAUCCCAAUUCAGUAUGAAAUAGAGAACCUGUCUUUAGCUCUACCUGAAAUGAGUAUUAGCCAUUGGCUUGACAGUUCUUUGUUGCAGGUCUGUCUCCUCUUCCCUGUGUGGGACAGUUAUAUGUGUGAAUCGGAGAACAAACACCUGAAACGGUUCUUUUCAAGUUAUAAUUAGAAAAUUAGUAACUUUGGAUGAUUUACAGUCGAAAUACAAUGUGUCUGAAAUUAUUUCAAAGGCACCUUUGGCCUUGAUACUAAUGCCUCUAUGUGAGCAAAUCCAGGCAUGCACUGGGAAAGGUAAACUGUAUGAAUGUGCAUUUCUUUUUGAAAAAGUGUAUGAAAGGAGCCAAAUAAAAAUUAUUUUCUACAAAAUUAUUUGAAUU